AUGUUAUCUAUACUCAGUCCCACCGCCAUUCUCAGCGCUUUGGCGAUUUUGCCGAUCCUCACCUCUGCGUCGCCUACAGGCGCCAUACCAGCUGGAUCGCAAGAAGCUACCAAGAGGGGGAUUAGUUGCAACUCCAACUAUGAAGGCUACGCCUUUUUCUACUUCAGCAACCGUGGUGAAAACAUUUAUCUGGCUGCAAGCAACGGAAAUAACGCUCUGUCCUUCACCGAGCUCAACAAUGGGAAUCCCAUCUUAAAGUCCACCAAAGGCGAUGGUGGCGUCCGCGAUCCUUUCAUCCUGAGGUCGCAUGAGGGAGACAAAUUCUACAUCCUGGCGACUGAUCUUUGCAUCGGCUGUGGUACAAGCUGGGUAGAGGCUCAGCGCUUUGGCAGCCGAUAUCUUGAGAUCUGGGAGUCAAAGGACCUCAUCACAUGGAGUGCCCAGCGCCAUGUUGAGGUCUCGCCAGAUAACUACGGCAACACUUGGGCACCUGAAGCUUAUUAUGAUGAUGACCUCAAGACUUACGUUGUCUACUGGGCGUCUGGAAUCUAUGACAACAAGGCAAACCCGAAACAUGAUCCUACCGCGUACCAGCGUAUGGUUUAUGCUACCACUAAUGACUUUGUAACUUUCAGCAAACCCAAGAUCUGGCAGGAUGAACCACCGAAGGGCCGAAUUGACUCAACUGUUAUCAAGGAGGAUGGCAUCUAUUAUCGUUUCACGAAGGCUACUAUCAAUGGCUGUGCGGAUAUCGUGGAGGAGAGCAGUCCUUCGUUGACUGCAGGGUUGUCCAGCUGGCAUCGGAUAGCGAGUUGCAUUGGAAAGAACGCGGGAACGAAAGAGGUGGAGGGCCCUUCGAUCUUCAAGACCAACUGCAAGGAUGUCAAUGGUGCUAGAUAUAUACUACUGGCUGAUGAAUUUGGCGGCAAUGGUUAUGUCCCACUGGAGUCAACCAAUCUCGCUGGUGGGAAUUGGACACUGCGUAAGGGGUAUAAAUACCCCGAGUCUCCUCGCCAUGGGACCAUCAUUCCCCUGACUUUGAAGGAGUUGCAAGGUAUCCAGAAGGCUUUUGCCAACACGGCUUGA